AGUGCGGGGAAUCCGAUGAUUGUCCCGGCUGCCAAUGAGAGCGGCGAGGGGGCGGGCCCGGUACCAGCCAGCUCGUUGUCGGUGAGGCUAGUGUCUCUUUGUCUGAAGCCCUGGAGGAGCCGAGCCGAUUCGGGUCGGGUAGCCGCGUCCCUUCUGCAUCGCACGGACAUUUUAUUUCCUCGCACAACGUGCAUUGCAAUUUGCAAAGAAAAUAGAUCGGGAGUUUUAUUGCAAUCUGCGAAGAAAUCUGCAGCCUGCGGUCGUCGGCGGCGGCGGGGAGAAGUGUCACCGGGACGGAGGAUCGGCGAGAAGGCGGCGCGGGCCGGUGAAGGAGGCCAUUCACCGGGGAUGGAAGGCGGCGGUGGAGGUGGAGGUGGAGGGGAAGGAGUCGGAGGCAAAGGAGGAGUCGGUGGCGGCGGCAACAACACCAACACCAACAACAACAAGAAAGGCUCGAAGGCGGUGGCCACGGCGGCCCAGCCAGGGAAGGAAAAGAGCACGCAGAUCAAGGAGAAGCCCUUCAAGUGCGGAGACUGCGGGAAGGGCUUUGCCACCCAGUCGGAGCUGGAGAGUCACCGGAAAUGUCACACGGGCGUGCGGCCCUACGCCUGCGUGGUGUGCGGCAAGGGCUUCUCCCGCUCCUCCGACCUGCGGGUGCACCAGCGGGUCCACACCGGCGAGCGCCCCUUCACCUGCCCCGUGUGUGACAAGAGCUUCACCCGCUCCUCCCACCUGCUCACCCACCAGCGGGUCCACACGGGCGAGCGGCCCUACAGCUGUUCCGUCUGCGGCAAGGGCUUCACCCAGCUCUCCAACCGGCUGCGGCACCAGCGGCUCCACACCGGCGAGCGCCCCUUCUCCUGCCCCGUCUGCCGCAAGGGCUUCACCGACUCGUCCACCCUGCUGCGCCACCGGCGGCUCCACACCGAGGAGCGGCCCUUCGUCUGCUCGCUGUGCGGCAAGGGCUUCACCCGCUCGCCCCACCUGCUCACCCACCAGCGGGUCCACACCGGCGAGCGCCCCUUCGCCUGCUCCAUCUGCGGCCGCAAGUUCACCCAAUCGUCCCACCUGCUCACCCACCAGCACAGCCACAGCGGCGAGCGGCCCUUCCGCUGUUCCAUCUGCGGCCGCGGCUUCGCCCAGCUCUCGCUGCUCCUCGCCCACCAGCACGUCCACGCCGAGAACAACCCCGUCCACUACCCUGACGAGGAGGCGGAGGCGGCAGAGGAGGAGGGAGGGACGGUCGGCGGCGGAGAAGCAGGCGGCGAAGGAGGAGGAGGAGGAGGAGGAGGAGGAGGAGCAGGAGGAGGAGGAGGAGGAGGAGGAGGAGGAGGAGGAGGAGGAGGGUCACUGGUGACGGGGUUGCCCGGGGUCGGCACCGGCACCGACACGGCCCCGGGCGAGAUGCUGGACCCCGGGCCGGCCUCGGCCUCGCUCCUGCUGACGGGCCGCCCCUCGCGGGCCGGCGAGAGGCCCUUCAAGUGCUCCGUGUGUGCCAAAGCCUUCACCUGCCUGUCCCACCUGCUGCGGCACCUGCGCGUACACAGCGGCGAGCGCCCCUUCCAGUGCACCGUCUGCGAGAAGGGCUUCACCCAGUCCUCCUCCCUGCUCACCCAUCAGCGCAUCCACACCGGCGAGAGGCCCUUCUCCUGCUCCGAGUGCGGCAAGGGCUUCUCCCGAUCCUCCCACCUGCUGCGGCACCAACGCGUCCACGUGUGAGGGGGGAGAGAGACGGGCGCUGGGGGAGAGGGGGAGGCGGAGAGAGAGAGAGAGAUAGAGAGCGGAGAGGAACUGGCCUGAUUCCUACUCCUGCUCGCUUCCCCCCGUCACUCCCGCACCACAACACCCCUCUCUGCACCUCCCCCUCUCCUCUGCCCUCUCUCUUCCUCUCCCUUCCUCGCCCCCUCUCCUCUACCAUCACCCUCUCACUUCCCCCGCUCUCCCCCUCUA